UUAAAACAGAUCCUCCACCUACGGCAUGAUUUGGCCCCUCUUAUAAGAGAGAUAAGAGAGUGAAAAAAAAAAAAACACUUUGGCUAUAGCUUAGCAACAAGCAAACACUAUGUUCUCCUCAGAUGAAAAUCUUUUUCACUUCAUCAUCUUCUUCAUUCUUCUUAUGGCACUACCCACCUUCAUCUUGUCUCAAUUCGUCACUUCUCCCUACGGAAAACACUUCAAUUCAGCUAAAUCAGGUACCACAAUUUCUCCCCCAAUUGCGUGGGCUUUCAUGGAAAGCCCUACGCUUUGGCUCACAUUUCUCCUAUUUCCUUUGGGGAAAAAUUACACAAAUCCAUUAGCUUAUCUCCUAAUUUCCCCUUUCCUCUUUCACUAUACAAAUCGUACUAUCAUUUACCCUCUUCGCCUCCACUUCCGCAAAUCAACUAAUAAUUUCCCUUUGAAUAUCGCUGUUUCGGCUUUUAUUUACAAUUUAUUGAAUGCUUACAUACAGAGCAGAUGGGUUUCUCAUUAUGCUAACUACGAAGAUAACGACUGGUUUUGGGUACGGUUUUGUAUUGGGCUGGUCUUAUUCGGGUCAGGUAUGGUGGUGAAUAUUUGGGCCGAUGGAGUGUUAAUGGGCCUGAAGAGUCAAGGGGAUGGAUACAAGAUACCGAGAGGUGGGCUUUUUGACUAUGUAAGUAGCCCAAAUUAUUUGGGAGAGAUAGUGGAAUGGUUGGGCUGGGCUUUGAUGACGUGGUCAUGGGCCGGGCUUGCGUUUUUUGUGUACACGUGUGCUAAUUUGGUUCCUAGAGCUGUUUCGAAUCAUAAAUGGUACGUGGAGAAAUUUGGGGAGGAUUAUCCUAAGGAUAGAAAAGCUGUAUUUCCGUUUUUGUAUUGAUAUUUUUGUAUCUUGUUUUGGAUGGUUGUUACUGUUGUAUCGUAUUCGUAUUGUACUGUAUUGUUAAUUUUAAAUAUAAUAUUUGUUUUGAUUUUUAUUCAAA